AAGAGCUUCCUCUCUGGGAUCAACCAUCGGGUCUGAUGCUGAACUGAUGGUUCUGUCCUGAGUAGCAGGUUUUUGGUCAGUGUUGGGGGUUUUUGGUCAGUGCUGCGGGUCGACAUGUCCACCGAGGCCGUGGUGACGGUUCGGCUGGUCCGGUCCUUCUCCCAGAGGAACUACCGGCCCGCGGUGUUCCGGGGAGUCCGGCUGGACCAGAGCGUUCGGGACUUCAUGCAGCUGGUGAGAGACGAUGUCACCAGAAGAGAAGGACUUCCUCCUCCGUUCAGGAAACAUGCCUACGACACAAUGAAGAUCAUCCACCAGCCUCACGGAGCAAAGACCAACGAGUUGGUGAUGAGUUUAGAGGACGAUGAGAGGCUCAUCCUGCAGGACGAGCAGACCCUUGGAGCUGCUGGCGUUGUGAAUGAAACAGAAGUGGCCUUCUUCAGGAGAGAGGACUACAGCCAGUACAAGGCCGACCCCACGACCUCCUGGUGACCAAUUCUGAUGGCCCGUAGCAACAUUCUAUUUUUAUGGUGACAUGGUUGUAUGUCUUUUAUUUCAGUUUUUAUUCAGUUAGCUUCUGGACAUUUGUUGGAUGUAAAUGUUUUAACGGAUGUGGAAUAAAGUUUUGUCAGCUGUG